GUCAGCAUUCCGACGCCCGCAAUCGGUCAUCUCACUGAGGAGGACUAUGAGCACGUGUACGAACCAGCUGAGGACAGCUUUAUUCUGCUGGAUGCAUUGGAGCAGGACGCCCUCGCGAUCCGGAAAGCAAAGCCGGCACUUUGUGUCGAGAUCGGUUCCGGGUCGGGCAUCGCAUCGACCUUCAUGGCCUCAAUGCUUGGUCCUUCGAGCACCUGCAUUAUCUCAACUGACAUCAACAAGUACGCUGCGGAUGUGACGCUGCGCACUGGUGCUGCAAACGAUGUGCCCCUUAACCCGGUCCUCUGCAACCUACUCGACCCACUCGCGAAGCGUCUCGCCGGCGAGAUCGACCUGUUCAUCUUCAACCCGCCCUACGUUGAGACUGAGGAAGCGGAGAUGACUGCCACCCAGGCGGGUCGCGACAUCGGCGGCGCCUGGGCCGGCGGCAACUUCGGCAUGGCCGUGACGAAUCUCGUCCUUGAGAAGCUUCCCACGCUCCUCGCUCCAGGAGGAAGAUUCUACCUGGUCGCAGUCGCGCAAAACAAACCUGACGAGAUCAAUGCUCGCAUGCGCGCCGCCGGGCUCGAGUGCAAGACAAUCAUCAAGCGCCGCGCGGGCCGCGAGCUACUGAGCGUCCUGCGCAUGACGCGGCCAGCGACGAGUAGUAUUCGGGCGCCUGUGGCGCAGCAACCUGUGCCCGAGCUCAAGGACAAGGUCGACGACGAGUAUGGCGGUCUGCUCGAUGCGUACGUGUAG